AUGAAAAAAGCUCACAAUGGUCACUUGAAAAAAUUUGCAGUUGUUCAUAUAAUCGAAGAAUAUUCAAAGGAUGAAUUAAGUGGCUCAGAAACAAAACGUGCCUACUUCAAAAAGAGGAAAACAUCACAAGAUACAAAGCCUAUGGAAUCAUGA